GACGUUUUCUCAUGUUGGAGGAUGAAGUCAGAUACCAUCGUAGUGCAGCGACCCGGUGAAGAACGAUCUCCCAACAGCACUAAGGCCCACAAAGCUCUUCCGGCGCAACGAUAGAGGCACAACGAUGGCUGCCUACGGCUUUACGACCGCGGUGGUACCUAAGCAUUGCCAAGAUCCGAGGAUUUGGAACGAGUUGGUGCUGCGUCAGAAGGAAUUCCGCCUCAAAGCCCUACAACUGGAUCCUGCAGCAUUUGGUUCGACCUACGAACACGAAGAACAAUAUCCUCUGGAGUUAUGGGCGAAUAGAUUGAAGAACCCCAAAGUGAUUACUCUGGUGGCGCUUGACGGACCUGCUGUUGAAGUCCGUUCCGAGACUUCCGACCCGGAUGCAGCAGCUGCUGAGAUCCUUCGCCACGAGUGGCUCGGCAGUUUACGUUUGGUAGGGGUAGAGAAGGAAGACGAAGCCCAUCUGCUGGCUACGGGGUCUCCCUGGGGUAGCGAAGCUCGAAAAGAUGAAGGCCAGAAGGAGGCAUUUGGUUCCGAUGCUGUCCCGCGCUAUCACCUGUCCGGCAUGUUCGUUGUACCGGCCGCCCGCGGAAGAGGCAUCGGCAAGAAACUCAUCGAAGACGCCAUCUCCCAUUCCAGUAGGGCUGGACGUGUGAGAUAUACCAUCAUGGUCGAUGCCGACAACGUCCCAGCAACAUCACUUUACUCGAAGCUAGGAUUCCAAAUCCUCGACGAAUGGGAGUACGAACGGAUCAAGACAAGCGAUCAAACACAACCGAUUAUGAAAGUCUGUCGGUAUAUGGAUUUCUUUGCGGGAGCCUGAGAGGGAAUGAUUUGGAGGCAUGCAGAUAUUCGCAUUAGUAGGAGAUUUGCGUUCGAAAUGACUGUCUGGAACACGGCUUGCCUGGUGCAAACAUGCACCCGUGAAAUGCAAAGCAGAG